AUGCAGAUCUUUGUGAAGACCCUCACUGGUAAGACCAUCACCCUCGAGGUUGAGUCCUCAGAUACAAUUGACAAUGUCAAGGCAAAGAUCCAGGACAAGGAGGGAAUCCCGCCGGAUCAGCAACGUCUGAUCUUUGCUGGCAAGCAACUCGAGGAUGGCCGGACACUUGCUGACUAUAACAUCCAGAAGGAGUCUACCCUCCACCUCGUGCUCAGGCUCAGGGGUGGCAUGCAAAUCUUUGUCAAGACCUUGACGGGAAAGACCAUCACACUGGAGGUGGAGUCCUCAGACACGAUCGACAACGUAAAGGCGAAGAUUCAAGACAAGGAGGGCAUCCCACCAGACCAGCAGCGCCUCAUCUUUGCUGGAAAGCAACUUGAGGAUGGCCGCACUCUUGCCGACUACAACAUCCAGAAGGAGUCUACCCUUCACUUGGUUCUCCGCCUCCGUGGUGGCAUGCAGAUUUUUGUGAAGACCCUGACUGGGAAGACCAUCACCCUAGAGGUUGAGUCAUCUGAUACUAUUGACAACGUGAAGGCGAAGAUCCAGGACAAGGAGGGCAUCCCACCUGACCAGCAGCGCCUGAUCUUUGCUGGCAAGCAACUGGAGGAUGGGCGUACCUUAGCGGACUACAACAUCCAGAAGGAGUCUACCCUUCACCUGGUGCUGCGCCUCCGUGGUGGCCAAUGA